GACAAGAGAAACGACGUACCCGAUGACAAAAUGACCAUUCUUUCGAACGUAACUAGUGCCGACGUCGAUAUCUCACCUCUUCCUUCAUUGGAGACGACUUUCCAGCGAUGGAGGGACGUCCUGUUCGCCUCCACCGUUCCUAAAGAGCCUCGACUUUUUCACCCGCAACUGGAGGUUUCGGAGAAUAAUAAACAAACCGGGGAAUCAAAGAUGGAACAAAGUGUCCAAGGGCGAUAUGGGUCCUCAUCAAAUCUAAUCAAUCAGCCAGAGCAGCUCCGAUCAGAAAAGAAUUUUGAAGAACGACUCAACGAAAUCGAAGAAGAGCUGAAAAAGUUGACGAAAUUCAGCCGCAUGAUGCCGCUUAAAUUGAAAUACCUGGCCAACAGAGCAGGCCACCAGCAACAAGAAAAACGAACCAAAGCAAAGACGACCAAAAUAUUCUUGAAGAAUUUGGCUUCUCAAAAUCAAAGUGGCGCGCUGGAUGAUUCAACGCCAGUCACUAAAAGUCAUCCCAAGUUCCUGUACCAUAAAGUGCACAAUACCACUAGUCAACCCGGGCCAAGUAGUCUGCUGGGGCCGAAUUUCUGGAAGAAAAUUGCUUCGCUAAAACACAAUGGUAGCAAUCCGACAUCUAGACGCAAUUCUUUCGUCGCUGUUUCAAUAUCACCCCCGACCAGUGACAAAUCGAAGCGUGACGAACCGUUAAUUGGAAAUGGACAGCAUGAGCAAAGGAUACUAGCAACGGAGCAGGUAAAACUGGAAUUUACGAAACCCUGUAAGAAAAUUCACAACAUCCGGAAGCAAAAUAAACAGCGAACAGCAGUCAUCAAAUCGUCUGCUAUUAACAACGAAUAAUUGGCUAAUGAUAGACCGGGAAAAAGUUAUUCAAUCGUCAUAACGACAUAUAAUAUUUUAUCCUUAAUGGGAUUUAUUCUUUCCAUGAUUGAAAAUAUUGGACAGUUAUUGAACCAUCAUGCACAAUUUUAUUGUCCUGAAAACAAUACAGGUCUGAAUCGUCAUUAUUUAGUUUUUGCGCAGAUAUAAAACAGUUUCGCACUUUAUCAAAUUUUACUAUUUGUCGUUCACUUACCGCGGUGUGCAUCUCGUAGCUAUAAACACGUGAAAGAUACACGUAAAUAAACUUGUUGUCCAUUUCUAGCUGUAUACAGUUUUUUUUUUCAUGUUAAUGAUUUAUGUACCGCGAUUGUUGCAUUCAGAACGAUUCAGAAAUGCGAAAUUUGACAUAAUUUGCAUUUUUCCUGUUGCUGCUAUUAACAUGUCCCAGAGAUGUAUAAAUAGAAAAAUGAACAAUGUAUUCAACGAAUC